AUGUGCCCUGUGAUUGGCCGCGCCGGCGCCAACGUGCGAAAAGCUGUCGUGCCGCGGACCGAGCAAAGGCACGCGGAGAUCAAGUGUGCACAAGCUGCACACACACAAAGCUUGGCUUACCUCCUCCGACCAGCGGGUUUCGGCGCCAGGGUGAGACGAGGGGCUGUUCUCUCCACCGGUAUCCAAGACCAUACACAGGGCCGCCAAGACCCUGCGCGCGCGGUCGCGUCUGCUUUGCUUGCCUCGCUCUUUGACCUCGACGUACCUGCUCCUCGACGGACUGGGUCUAUUCAAGGGACAAGGGAUAUCCGCGACCCAUUGAUGUACUCGCAAGCUGCGAUCAGCGCGCAGACACAGGCUGAAGUGAAUCGUUACGUCUCCACCGUCGCCUUCGCCGUCCUCUAUUACGACUACUUUUUGACGAUCGGGACCGAGAUACAACGAUACUGGAGACGGAGGCUUACAUGGCCGUCCGCGUUUUUCUUCAUCAACCGAUACCUCUCCGUCUUUGGCCAGCUCGCGCUCGUGAUCGAGAACUUCUAUCACCCGCAGGAUCAGUCUCGAUGUGAUAGGUUGCACACCUAUCACCAGCUCUUCGCGGUCAUCACGCAGAUCAUCGUCGGCAUCCUGCAGAUCAUCAGGACCUACGCGCUAUACGGCCGUGACCGCAGGGUGCUCCGAUUCAUCCUCGCGGUCGCCGCAGUCGUGAUCAGCGUCGGCCUCUGGGCCGUUCUCGGCGACCGCAGCCAGACCAUCAUGCUCACCGCGCCCGGGGUCGCCAUCGGCUGCAUCUCCACCCUGACCCGGCACCAGGCCCUCCAUCUGAUCAUCGCCUGGACCGGUCUGAUGGUGUUCGACACGAUGAUCUUCGCGUUCACGCUCGCCAAAGCGUUGGGACAUACCCUCUCCGUCUCGCGUGGACGGCGGAUGCCGGGCCACGACCUAUUCGCGGUCCUCAUGCGCGACGGCGCCGUAUACUUCGCGUACGCCCCCCCCUCUGAACUCAUUCCAUCACCUUCACCUGACCCCUUCCUCUUUCUCAUCCGCAUCAGCGUCCUCGCCCUCUCCUCCCUCGCCAACAUCCUCUCCUUCGUCCUCUUCGCGCCCUCCCUCCGCGGUCUCUUCACGGCGCCGACCAACGUCCUCGCCGCCUCGCUCAUCUCGCGCCUCAUGCUCAACGUCCGCGACCCGCGCGUCGUCCGCUUCGCGAGCGCCACCACCACCUCGCGCACGCGCGCCACCGACACCCGCAUCGAUUUCGGACCGCGGCCGCGCCGGAGCGGGACCGGGGAGUUCACGACCGGCGGCGGAGUGUCGUCGGCGGGGCACCCGCCGUCGGCGCAAGGCGAUCCGGACUACGGCUACGGCGAGUACGGCUACGGAUACGCGAGCCCGUCCGAGGACGAAGAGCGCGGGAUCGACUCGACCGCCCCGAGCUCGAGGUCGGGGUGGAGUUUCGGGGGCUGGGGAGCGAGGACGCCGGGCACGGUCUCGUUCUCUCGCUGGUCCCGCAGCAGCGGGAGUAGGACGCCGGCGAGCUCCGCGCGAGCGCAGUCGGCGUCGGCUUCGAGGGACCUCUCGGGGAAGGCGACGCCGGCUUAUCCGAUUCAGGAGGGCGUUGAGAUGCAGCCUGGGACGGGCGCGACGACGACGACGACGACGAACGCGGCUACGAAUCACGAUCGGAUGUCGGAUCCUUCGCAAGAUCGCGGAGUCGACAUGGCAUGA